UCAAUAAAUUUUACAGUCAAUUACGAUAUUUUCAAAAAUGAAGGCCAUUUUAUUGUGCUCUUUAUUGGUCAUUACAAUGCAAUAUGUCUACGCUUGUAGCGUUUAUGAAUAUGGCGUCACUGAGAAAGACAAAGAAACCAUUGUUAACAAACACAAUGAAUUGAGAAAACGUAUUGCUAAUGGACAGGUUUCUGGACAACCAAGAGGAAUCAAUCUAAAGAGAAUGAUUUGGGACAACUAUUUAGCAGGUCAAGCCCAAAAUAUUGCAAACAGCUGUGAGUUCAAGCACCAACGAGUAAAUGACAGUAGAUGGCAAGUGGGACAAAAUCUCUAUCGCCAGCCUACUAUCGGAAUUGAAAAGGGAGCUGACUGGAAUGCAGCCGUAGAGUAUUGGUUUGAUGAAUACACUAAAUACACUUAUUCGGCGAAAUAUGUAUUCGAUAUGGCAACAGGACAUUACACUCAAGUAGUCUGGGCUGAUACCACACAUGUGGGUUGUGGCUACACUUACUAUCCUAAUGGAAAUGGAUACGACAAAUUAUAUGUUUGCAAUUAUGGUCCUGCCUUCGUAUCCUUUUUAGACUCGGGAGUUCCCGAAAAAGACAUAAAAAUAAUUGUUAACAACCAUAACCACCUCAGAGCGAUGGUAGCGACUGGCAAAAUUUCUGGGCAACCCAGGGCCAAAAACAUCCAAAACUUGACAUGGGACGAUUCCUUAGCAAGGAAGGCCCAAGAUAUUGCCGACACCUGCGUCUACGCUCAUGUGAAAGUAAGAGAUAGCAGGUGGUACGUUGGGCAAAAUUUAUAUAUGGAAAAAUCUUCACAAUCCGGUUCGAAAACCAACUGGGAAGCAGGGAUCCAGAUGUGGUUCGAUGAACACAAAUCAUAUAAUUACGGUCCCUUUGGUUACCGCAAUGAAGACGUUGGCCAUUACACUCAAUUGAUUUGGGCGGACACCAUAUAUGUGGGAUGUGGAUACAGUUUUUUUGAAACAAAUGAGCGGAUGAAAUAUCAAAAAUUAUACGUAUGCAACUAUGGACCAGGGGGAAAUAUCCUAGGACAGUUGCCUUACCUGACAAAAUAGUAACGCAGUGAUAAGAGACCCAAAACGUAUGAGCAAGCAAAGAUUAUCCUCAAUAAACUUUCUAAUUAAUACAUAUGUCAAAGUAACAAUCAUUUGUAAUUAUUUUAAUUGCAAUCCCUGAUUACAAACGCAUCCUGUUCGCACUGAGCGCAUUUCCAAAAUUGUGGUGUAGUAGUUUUGUAACCGUACUUCCUCUUCCUUUCUAAAAAUGCAAUCUUACCAGGAACCGAAUGCUUUUAUACCCAGGGAAACC